AUGUCGAAGGCCGUAACAAUCACUUAUGUCCUCCACCCUCCAGAGGGCACAGACACGCCCACACUUUCCCGAACGAAAGUGAUGACGUUCGACAUCGAAUCAAAUACAGAUCGAACUUACGCGGGGUACUACGACGGUUUGCGUACCGCUGUAGAAGAUGCGAGGACCGCCAUCGGGGAUGAUCUGACAGCGUGGCGGGAUGCUAUCGGAGCUGCUGAAGGAAGUAAAGAAGCGAAGAAGAUACUCGCCGACGAGGAUGACGAAGAGGACGAUGGGGAGCAAUGA